GUGACGCGUGCGGUGCUUUAGCGAAAAGUCUGAGAGACGGAGGAGGAGCCAACGGAUCCGCCAUGACUGCUCGUAAGAGAACCUCUUCAGCAGUGACUAAUCCGGAGAAUCCGCCGCCUGCGACGAAGGAGCAUAAACCCACCGUCGCUUCCGGCGAAGAUUUCCGUCUGGCACCGCCGAAGCUGGGCGUGAUCUUCGUGAUCUCUUCGCUUCUGUGCUCGCUCUACCUCUACCUUCUCUGUUUCCACUACAAUGUCGACGAUGAGCUCAAGCGUCCGAUCCUCAUCAACGCUGGGCUUAGCUUGGUUGGGUUCUUCGUCACGCUCAAGUUGAUCCCCGUGGCUGCUAGAUACGUUCUGAGGCGUAACAUGUUUGGGUUUGAUAUCAAUAAACGAGGCACUCCUCAAGGUGAAGUCAAAGUGCCUGAGUCGUUGGGAAUCGUUGUGGGUAUUGUCUUCUUGAUUGUGGCGAUAAUAUUCCAGUUCUUUAACUUCACUGAAGAUUCCUUGUGGCUUGUGGAGUACAAUGCAGCACUGGCGUCUAUUUGCUUCAUGAUAUUGCUUGGGUUUGUAGAUGACGUCCUUGAUGUGCCUUGGAGAGUGAAGCUUCUCCUGCCAUCUUUUGCAACCCUUCCACUCCUGAUGGCUUACGCUGGACAUACAACUAUCGUUAUACCUAAACCUCUUGUUUCUUAUGUUGGCUUGGAGAUACUUGAUCUAGGACGGAUAUAUAAGUUAUAUAUGGCGCUACUAGCUGUCUUUUGCACUAAUUCUAUAAACAUUCACGCUGGUCUGAAUGGCCUUGAGAUCGGACAAACCGUAGUUAUUGCAGCUGCUAUCUUGAUACACAACGUUAUGCAAAUCGGAGCAUCUGUGGAUACUGAGAUUCGUCAAGCUCAUGCCUUCUCUAUAUAUCUCACUCAGCCAUUGAUGGCAACAUCCUUGGCUAUGCUUGCUUUCAACUGGUACCCUUCUGCAGUUUUUGUUGGAGACACUUACACAGUCUUUGCUGGAAUGACUAUGGCAGUUGUUGGCAUUCUGGGUCACUUCAGUGAAACACUCCUAAUAUUUUUCCUUCCUCAAGUGUUGAACUUUCUGUUGUCACUUCCGCAGCUUGCUGGCAUUGUGAAAUGUCCACGGCAUCGUCUCCCCAAGUUUGAUCCUGCUACGGGAUUACUAACGGGAACAAAAGAUGGGACGCUCGUCAACGUCUACUUGAGGAUUUUUGGUAGGAAAUCAGAAAAGUCUCUUUGUAUUCAUCUUCUUGUUUUCCAAGCACUAGCUUGCGCCUUCUGUUUCCUGCUUCGGCAUUUUCUUGCUGGUUGGUACAAAUAAAUCUCUGCAACAUGAAGAAUCUUUUAAACGGUUUUACCUCUUCCUUCAAGAAUCACACAUACAGAACUUAGUUUUGUUUUCAUAUCCAUUAGCAAAGAUAGUUUCCAUCCUUAAAACGCGAUCAGUGCUAGUGAAUCUCAAAAAUAUAAGUAUAUUGGUAUUUUGUUACAUUUUCAUCUUAUUGUAGAGAGAAUGAACCAGAUUGAAGCCAA